CACCUCUCACCAUCGCUCCGUUUGCAACAACACUGCAGUCAUGGUUGGGUUAUUCGGCAACAACUUCGCCGAAAGCUUUCUUGUGCGCAACUCUCUCCAAUCCUUCUACGGCAUCGGUCCCAAAGUCUGCCAGACUCUCAUGGCGCGCUUCCACAUUCACAACACUGCCCGGAUCGGAAGCUUGAAAGAGCGGCAAAUCAACGCACUGGCAGAGGAACUCUCGAAAAUGGUGUUGGAAAAUGACUUGAAGAGGCAAUUGCACGAUAACAUCAAGAGAUUGAGAGAUAUGGGCUCGUACCGGGGAAGAAGACACGCUAUGGGCUUGCCCGUGAGGGGCCAGAGGACGCGAAGCCAGAUUAUAACCGCGAAAAAGCUGAAUAGGGUCGAAAGGAGAGGAUGAUGCAGGAGAGGAGCAAACACAAAUAUGAUGGGCUGGGAUGUAUAGCGAUGGCGCAACAGAUGGCUUUUGCUGAGAUACAAGACGGUAACGGUGUACGAUGGCUAGUCUCAUGCUUACACACUGUACAAAUUCGAGUGUACAAUAAGAAGCUACUGAAGGCUUGCACCUUAUAUAUUACUAACUUCCAGUAUCGACUCCGAUACCUAGACUGUUGACGGGUGCUUUCUUCUCAUCGAGUGAUGACACCAGCUGGUCUCAUCCAAAACACACCUAUAUUUUGAAUGGUAGCUGAGUGACAAAGACGACGAGGGAGCUGGAAAGAUGGAACCUUGGCUGUUGAGGCCCACAUCUCCAAACGGCAUCUGACCUGACUCAAGUCGAAUCUGUGUGCUGUUCAGGUUGCGCUGUUCAGCUCGGAGCCAUGGCGCUGUAGGUCCG